AUGGCAAACCAAUGUGAACCUGACGCGGAUGGUAGUAUAAGGAACGACCAUAGCGAUGGAGACGACAUUCUUCUUCUUGCACAGCCUGAAAUGACCAACACGCGAAUCAAAGACCUGACCAACCAUCUGUUGGAGAGCAUUCGAGCGGUAGGAAUCGAUCGGGAGUCCCCAGAUGUGGCAAAGCUGCUCAAGGACCUGACUGAUUAUACGACUCUAAACACCCAACUUUUAAUUAGCAUUCGAGCUGAUCAUCAACGGAUGGUACAGGAGAACCUCUUACGCAUUGACGAGCUCGAACUUAAAGAACGCUACAUCAAACAGGUUCUAGCUGGUCGUCGUAGGGCCAAGAGAGCUUGUCGUGACGCUGAGGAGCGUUUGGCGCAUAUUUGGGGGCAGGUCGAUCGCCUUUGGGCACAGGUCAACCCGACAUGGCGCAAGGUCAAGGAGGAAUUGGCAUGCCAUGUGUGCUUCCGCAAACUUUGGUGGGCCGUAACGUACACACCCUCCAGCCAUCCUCUCAGUCCUUGCUGUACCUAUGAGUGGUUCCAACAGGAACACGCCUUUAAAGAGAACCCGGCUUAUACCUGUAUUCGGUGCCAUGCACACAUCCAACAAGCACCGAUUCAUGCGUUCACAGUCGAAAACGCCGUGCGCGAGCUUCUGAGGUUGGACGAGGAUGACCGACAACUUGCAGAGGAUAUGGCGAGAGAGGCGGGAUACGUUGACAAAGAUAGCUGGAUUGUGUUUUUCCCCUAA